AUGUGGAUUCUUUCAUUUUGGCUUUUCCCCGUGGUGUCAGGAUGCAUGUGGCUAGCUAUGCUGGUGGCUAUGCUUACCAGCUGGGCGGCGGACGGCAAGCCACAUUAUACCACCAUGAGCGAUAAACUCUCGAUUCCAUAUAUAUCCCACAUCGGUGCCGAAAGACUCAAGCCGCUGUUCGUCGCCGGAUGCGUAGUCACCGGCGUAUUCCUGACCCUGUCGCUACUAUCUGAGCGAUGGCUUCGACACGCCGGCCAACUAGCACGGAAUAGAGAUCUUUUCGACAAGUCGUGUGCCAUUGGGUCGAUUUUCUUUGCGCUCACGGGAGCAUUGGGCGUCAUCCUCUUAUCCAUCUUCGACACGAAGCACCACCAACACCUCCAUUAUGGAUUUCUGGCCAUGUUCAUUGCAAGCUACGUAGUCUGCGCUAUUCUAGUCUGUCUGGAAUACAUCCACCUGGGUCGAUGGUACCACCCCCAAGCCCGAAUCUUGCUAGUCAGUUUCUAUCUCAAGUCUCUAUUCAUCGUCUGCGAGCUUGGCGUCGCAAUCGGAUUUGGGGUGUGCGCGAAAUCCAGCUCGAAAGAGAAGAAGAAUGCAGGUGCUGUUCUGGAAUGGGUUGCUGCGCUCAUCUUCGCCUUCUUUGUGUUCUCUAUUGUUCCUGACCUGUUGCCGUCUGUUCGGACGAAGAAGCGCGUUCCUCAGGGGGAGAAGUAUAUGAAGCCGGAAACUGUAAUGAGGCCAAGGGGUCCGAUUGAUUUUUGA